CCACGCCACUUGCCGUAGUAAUCUUUGACAGCUGUGCUUUCCAGUCAACAUGGCGGAAGACAGUCUACUCGAAGGUGAAGAAGAAAACAUUUUAUACGAUUUACUCGUUAUUACGGAAUGGCCUCCGGAGACUGACACUCAGCUACGAGGCAACAAAGAACAUAACACGUCCCUUGUUGCAAAAGCACUGACAGGCCCAUUUCGACUCAUCUUGCAAUAUCUGUGGUACAGCCCCUCUAGCUCUUCUCUGCCACCUGGUCUUCUACAUUUGGUCAACAAGCAGAUUGGAUGGCAGUUGGUGCUGGCCAGUAAUGGCAAACUCCUGGCGGUGGUUCAGGACCAGUGCGUGGAGAUCAGGUCUGUGAGGGAUGACUUUGGCUCCGUCAUUGGGAAGUGCCAGGUGCCGAAAGACCCCAACCCCCAAUGGCGGCGAGUGGCAUGGAGUCACGACUGCGCCCUGCUGGCGUUUGCUGACAGCACGGGCACGGUGCGCCUCUUCGACCUGGUGGGCAGCGAGCUCUUUGUCAUACCGCCGGCGCUGAGUUUCCCCGGUGAUUUCAGCUGCGCCGUGGCGGGUCUCAUCUUCCUGGAGUACACGGGAAGCGCCCAGUGGUCGGCCGAGCUGCUCGUCAUCACGUACGGGGGCGGGCUCAAGAGCUACUUGGUCAGCGUGGGCACCACUCAGAACUUCCAGGAGAACCACACCUUCAGCUUCUCCGGCCACUACCCCCACGGCAUCACCUCGGGCGUUUACCACCCGGGCCACCGGCUGCUGCUGGUGGCUGGCUGCCACUCGGGAGACGACGGCUCGUCCAAAGCCAGCUCCUGCGGCCUGACCGCGUGGAGGGCGCUGUCCGCCUCGCCCCACUACAAGCAGGUCACCAGCUACCAAGACGACGUCAGCACGAGCCAGAAGCGAGGUUUCCUGAGGAUGCCCAGCUUGAGGCUGUUUAGCAGACAAGGAGAUGAAAAGGACGGCGUCUUCCGCAUGAGCCUGAGCCCCGACGGGACGCUGCUGGCCGUCAUCCACUUCUCGGGUCGCCUGUCGCUCUGGGACGUGCCCUCGCUUAAGGAGAGGGCGGCGUGGGAGCAGGAACAACAGCCAGGAUUUGAGGAGAUCAAUCCGGAGUGGAAAACCUCAUUGGAGAGGAGGAAGAAAAUAAAAGACAAGGAGCAGUACCGUCCGCUGGUGGACGUCAACUGGUGGAGCGCCAACGUGCUGAUUCUGGCUCGCUGCUCGGGCGCCGUCACCGUCUCGUCCGUCCGGAACCUGCGCAACCUGCUGGGCAAAUCCUGCGAGUGGUUCGAGACCUCGCCGAGAGUCACCGCCGCGCACGACGGGGGAUUCCUAAGCCUUGAGUGCGAGGUGAAGCUAGCCCAGAAGCGCGGGCGGCCGGAGAGCAACCUCGGCGAGGACGACGAGGGCGGCGACGAUGGCGGCGGGGAUUCCGACUCGGACGACGAGACCUCCGCCAAGGCCCGCUACUUCGGUUACCUCAAGCAAGGCUUGUACUACGUGACGGAAAUGGAACGCUUUGCCCCGCCGCGCAAGCGCUCUCGCACCAUCCUCAAGAACUACCGGCUGGUUAGUCUCCGGUCCACCACACCUGAGGAACUCUACCAGAGAAAGAUUGACAACGAAGAAUACGGCGAGGCCUUGUCUCUGGCACAAGCGUACAACCUGGACUCGGACUUGGUCUACCAGAGACAAUGGCGGAAGAGUACAGUUAGCAUCGCUUCCAUACAAGAUUAUCUCAGCAAGAUCCGCAAGCGCUCCUGGGUACUCCACGAGUGCGUCGAACGCGUCCCGGAGAACGUGGACGCGGCUAAGGAGCUGCUACAGUACGGCCUGAAGGGCACCGACCUGGAGGCGCUGAUCGCCAUCGGCAACAGGGAGGACGGGGGCAGAUUCAUCAUGCCCGGCGACCUGGACCUGGACGACCUUCCUUACGAAGACCUGUCGGACGAGGAGGAGCUGACGGAGAGGGAGGGCAGGAGGAAGCGAGAGCUGCUGGACAAGGUCGACUUCAGCAGGUUGACACUGGAGCAGAAGGAGUUGUGUCGAAGCCGCCUGAAGCUGCUGUCGUACCUGGACAGGCUGGCCACGUACGAGGAGAUACUGGGCGGCCCCCAUGCCGCCGAGCAGAAAUACGACGCAGAGUUCUUCAAGAAAUUCCGCAGUCAGAAUAUCGUUCUGUCGGCGCGAAGUUAUGCCAGGGAGAGCAACGUGCAGGCUCUGGACAUCCUCUUCACGUAUCACGGCGCAGAACUGCUUCAACAUCGGUUGGCCAUCCUGUCCAACUUCCCGGAAACGACAUCGCCGCACGAGUACACGGCCUUGCUGCCCGAGGCUUGCGUGGACGAGCGAGGCGAGCGCUCGCUGAUCGCCUGGGACGAGCGCAGACACCGACAAACCGACUGGUGCGAGACAGAUGAGUGCAGGGCCGUGUUGGAGCAGAACCCGUUUGAUGACGACACGUCGCUGUAUGAGGACGCGCCGGAUCUGCUGCGCUUCCGCUGGGUGACGCCCUCCGUCACGCUCCUGUCCGACUGGUAUUGCAGUCGCGCGCGGCAGAUCGAAUCGUGCUCCCGACAGGUGGACUGUGCCUUGUCCCUGGUACGUCUCGGGACGGAGCGCGACAUCCCCGGUUUGGAGGCGCUGUGUGACGACCUGGUCACCAUGGAGACGCUGGUCUACGAGACGCGACGACACCCGGGCCUGACGCUCCGAGAGCUGCAGCAGAUGGACCACAUCGACAAGCUCCGCCUACUCAUGAACGACUCCAGCAAGGAUCGCUACGUAAAAGACGCCUUCCAGUGGAUGCUUCCGUUCCUGCACCGCUGUGAGCGACAGGAGGCGGGCGCCGCCGCGCGUCUUCUCCGAGACUUCCUGGUGGGCUUGGCCAGCCGCGACCUUUCCUUCCCGCUCAUCAUCUUCCAGCACUCCAAACCCGACUGCUCGCAGAAGGUGAUCGGCGACCCCGACCAGCUGAUGCGCGUUGCCUUGGAGUGCAUCUACUGCAGCGAGAGGGAUGACCAGCUCAGCCUCUGCUACGACAUCCUUGAGUGUCUUCCUCAGCGAGGUUUUGGGCCUGAAACGGACGCCACCUCAUCUCUGCAUGAUCAAGUGGACCAACUUGAGAAGCACCUCAGCGUGGCGGAAGUUCUGGAGAAGCACGGCCUGCAGAAGCCCAUUUCGUACGUGAGGAAGAGUCAGAAGAGCCCGGAGGAGGCCCACCAGCUCAUGGUCAAGUUGUGUCGGCACACCGGACGCAAGAAGCCACCAGUAGGUGAAUCUGUGUGGAGGGGUCUUCUGCAGGAUCUGCUAGACAUGCAGCACAACGUCUACACGUGUCUCCAACCGCACACGUGCCAUCAGAUCUUUGUGGAGUCGCUGCUGUGCUCCAGCCGGGUGGAGAACGUAUGUCUGGCGGGUCAGCUGAUGCGGCGCUCCGAGGCAGGCCAGGACGUCCCCGUCGGGCUGUCCUUCCUGGGAAAAGGACCCGCUGUCAAAGUGGCCUACGACAAGAGCGUGGAAUUGGUGCUGGCCGCCGCCAGGGAGUAUUUCAACUCCUCCACCGCGCUGACUGACCCCUGCAUGGGGUUGGCCAGGGCUUGCCUGCAGCUCAUCAGCGACCGUCCUCCCGCUGUCCAAGAGGAGCUGGACCUCAUCGACGCUCUGGGCCUGCUGGAGGACUUUGGCGUCAACAUCCUGCCGCUGCAAGUCCGUCUGCGUUCGGAGCGUCUGUCUCUGGUGGAGGAGGGCGUGGCCAGUUGCUCCAGUGCCUACAAGCAGUCCACCACUAUGCUCAGUCUGGCGUCUCUUCUACGAGUGGCAGGGGAUGACGAGGCCACCCGCAAAGGCCAAGUGCUGACCCUGCUGGCUGAACAAGCCCUCCAGUGUCUGGACUUCAAGGCUUCUUAUAUCCACUGUCAAGACCUGAUGGCCGCAGGUUACAGUCCGGCGUGGGACGUUUGCAGCCUGCUAGGCCAGUGCGAAGGAUUCGACGAUUGGGAAGGUCGCCGUCAGCUACUGGCAUUUUCGCUAGCUCACUGCCCGCCCGACCGCAUCCAAUCUCUCCUGGCGGCUUCCAGCGACUUGCAGACCCACGUCCUGUACCGGGCGGUCAACUACCAAAUGGAUGUUGGGGAGAGGGCGGACGAGAGUGACUUGUCCCAGGUGACAACCUCCAACGAGGCGAUGACGGGGGACCUUCUCCACAGGACCACGGCCAAAACAAUGGAAGUUCUGGCUACCACGAGUAUGACCACCAAGGCCGUUCUGAGCGCGGUCGGCGAUCACCGUUGGUGGAAGCAGUCACUCGACUACCUGCGCCCGUCGCAGGAUGGGGACGAUAAGGGACAGGAAUGCUUGAGCGAAAAUUCCAAGCUGGAACGUCAAGGAUGUUGCGCUUUCUACCAAGAUCUCAUUGACCUUCCGUACGUCGACCCGGGUCAAGAUGUGUAUACGUCCUUCAAGGACGUCCCCCCCGAGACCUUCGCAGAGGUCUUGCUGAGGACCGGCAAACUGGCCGAAGCCAAAACAGAAGGGAGCGCCGUCUUUCCCGCUACGGAAGUGUUGCUUCAGCUGGCCAACGACGCCUUUCCCCGGGACGCCACGCUGGCGCUGUCCUACUUACUGGCGCUGCCUCAGGUCCUGGAUGCUAACCGUUGUUUUGAGCAGCAGUGCCACUCGGCCUUGUCGCUCCAGCUGGCCGCUUACUACUACUCCCUGCAGAUCUACGGCCGCCUGCUGCCUUGCUUUAAAGAUGAGGAGCACACGCUCUACCAGGCCGACCCGAAGGAGCUGAUCCGACUGGUCAGCGGGCACGUGUCGGCGUACUCGGGCUGGCCCGAAGAGGUGCAGAAACUGAUCGCGCAGCUACACGCCUACAACCGGCGGCUGAGCGACCUGACGCAGGCGCAGAUCCUGAGAGGCUUGGGUCGUGGCGUGGACGUGCAGCGCUUCAGCUCUGACCCGCAGUACAAGAAGGAGACCAUCCUCGGCCUGGCUGAGACCCUGGACGACACCGUGUACGGCAUCGCACUGUCGUUGGCUAAGCGCUACUGUGUUCCUCAGUGGGAGGUCCAUAUGACUCAUCUGGAGUUCCUCUUCACAGACAGCGGUUUGUCCAGCAAGGACAUGGAAUCCCGCAGCGAGUCGCUGGGCCUGUUCGCCUCUCUGAAGAGCGUUCCGCAGGCCUUUUACGGCCACAUGAGCAAGUACGUUUUGCCAGGCGUGGAGGGCGGCGACCUGGACCGCCUGCUGUACUACUACACCUUGCUGGACUGCGCCGGCUGCCGACCGUACGUGCCCGCCGGCGCCAUCCCGCCGGAGAACCACGUGAAACUGUUGAAGAAGCUCCGCGCAGUGGCACACGGCUUAAACUACCGCCAACUGACGGACAACUCCCAGGAGCCCCUCGUCGCUCUGGAGCCUAUUCUGAGCAGCCAGAACGUGCUGUCCAUCUCCAAAUUGGCCAAUUUGCUGCCCAGGCCCGGCGGCAACAGCGCCACGCUAUCCGCCGGCGCCGUGCACGCCGCCUGGUUGAAGAAGUUGUUCUGGAAGGGCGACGCCCAGCUGCUGAAGAGACCCCCGCGUAACGACCAGGAUUACCUGCACGCUUACGACACCUGCGCCAAAUACCUGGACAGGCUGCAACCCGCGGACGCCAUUCACUUCCUGGACAACGUUACCUUUUCCGCCGAGGCUGUCGCGCAACUGAGCAUCGAAGCGCGCUCCGAGUUGCUGCGUCGGGCCAGCAGAGCGCUGCGGCAGCUGGCCGAGAAGAGCAAGAAGCGAGGAGGGGGAGGGGCGGAAGCCGGCGACGUGACUUGGGACGAGGCCUUGGCCCACCUGCAGCAAUCGCAGGCUCACUUGGAAACGCUGAGCCAUGCCUUCAUUGCGUCGCUGCGAGAAAGCGAGCAGGAGCAGUUGCGAGGCUACGCUCGACUAUACGAUCUUUCCCGUUCCGAAAAGUCCUCCAUUCGCCGGUUAGCGGUCGCCAUGGCGACCGACGGUCAGCCUCUCCAGAACAUCCGCCAGCUCCUGAGCGUCGCCGCCGGACCCCACGACCUCUGCGUCAAAAGCGUGCUGCGGGAGGCCGUGGACUUGGCGCUCGCCGAGCUCAGCGGCGACCCCGACGUCCCUACCGAGCACUGUUCGGCCCUCGGCGUGCUCGAGGCCAUCGCCGCAGCAGUCCAGGACGCCGUCCAGGCAGGGGACAGAAUGGCGAGCCCCGACGACCUGAUGGAGUGGCUGCGACCGUUCUGCGGCGACUCGUCGCUGCCGGUACGUUCUCGCGUGGCCGUGCUGCAGAUCCUCGAGAGCAACUUUAGCGUGCGCGACGCCGACGUUCGACUCCUGCUGCUCUACAGGACGCAAGCCGUCCUCAAACACACGGAGGUGCAAAUGGAGGACGUGGAGGACGAGGAGAAGCGCUACCGCCUCUUCCUGGAUCUCUUGGAGGCGGCGCGGCAGUGGGACGACUUCCAAACCCUGGUGUUGCUCCUGCAAGCGUGGCCGCCCAUGACGCAACAAGAGUCGGCGGCGGCGGAGCAGAACCCUUGGGUUCUGCUGACUUCGGCUAUGCUGACCCGCUGUCGGAGGCCUGACGUGGAGGUGGACCUGGGUCAGCAGGUGCUGAGCAUGGUGCGGAGUCUGUACGGCACCAAGCACAAGCUCCCGCCGCAGUGCGUCCGGAGCGUGGCCGAGCUGCUGUGCCCCGACUUCCAGCAGCCCGCGCUUAAACUGAUGGCGGAGAGCGGCGACGCCGAGCUUCUACAUCUGACGCUGGACCAAGUCAAUGCCAUGACCGCGGAGACGGCGCGGUCGUGCGACGACGAACUGCUCUCACUGCUGCUGGACGCCGGCCUCCUGGUGGGCUGCGCUUCGUCGGCCGCCUACCCGCCGCUGCGCGCCCACCUGCUGGCCCGCCAGGACGCCGACAUGGAGGCGGCGGCCGCUGGGCUGCUGGCGGCCGGCCACGGAGCGGAGGCCGGCACCCUGCUGCUGGCCCGCCGUGGCACCCACUCGGCUGGCUUCACCUUCAACUCCGCCCUCGCUGUCCUCAAAAAGUGGCUGUGAGGUGUGGACAAAAUGCCGUAAACAUGUCAUGUUUAUCUUAUUCAAUGUUUUUGACUCAAAUCAUGCUACAAAAUAAAAGAGGGAAAACCUAUCAUUUUGAGAACAAAAGGACCAAAUCAAAUACAGAAUACAGACAAAACUAUGAUGUAUUAUUAUUAUUGUGAUAAAAUCUCAUAAAUAUACAAAAACGGUAUGUACCGUCUAUUAGGGCUGCCAGGAAAUAUCUUUCUUGUAAAUUAUUCACCCAACCCAACCUGCCAAAAAAAGCUCAUCUCCAUUGGGUGGUAUUAUUUUGUUUUGAAAAUCAUCAGAAAACAAACCAAAACCAACAGAAAGUGACCACUGAACCGUAAGUGGCCCGUAAAUGCCCUCAAAUCAUUCGGAAAUUAUCUAAAAUUUGCUCAAAUUGACCCUGGAACAUCCCAAAAUGCAAAGGAAGUGACCCAGACAUGCCCUGAAAAUCAACAUUAAGUGACCCGUAAAUCAGGGAGUGGGGGGCAUGUUGAUAAUCGGUUUCUUUUUACCAAUUUUUCUCCCCUAGCUGCCUCAACAUAAGAACGACAACAGAAAAAUGUCAUCGCUUGUAAUUAGGGUUGGGUAUCGAGCAUCGAUGGGAACCGGUUCUAACACUCCGAUGCUCCCGGAAUCGUUCAAUUUUUAAAAUUUCGAUUCCUUGUUUCAAUGCGCCCUGAUGCCGAGUGGAAAAAAAUUGCUGUAGUUCAAAGACUGAUAUUUAUAUACAAGUUAAAAUGAACCCUGUGAGAAGUUCAUUUAAUGUAAAAAAAUCAUCGAAAACUUAAGACUUUAAUAUAAACUGUGCAACUUUUUUUUACCCUGCAUUUUUUCUUUUGACCCUGCCUCUUAAAGGAGAACCGUUCGGAACCGGAAUCGAAACGUGGAAUCGGAACCGGAAUCGUUCAAUUUCAAACGAUGCCCAACCCGACAUGUUAUUGACUUUACAGUGGUUGAAUUUAAAGGGAAAGGUCAGACGUUUUCACAUAAAGUUUAAUCUUCGAGUUAGUGAGGUUUUUAAUUAGUAAAACAGUUGAUUUCAACCAUCAUAAGACUCGCGGUAGCUUAGCCGCUCCGGAGCCCUGAAACUAACAAAUAACUGACAAACUGCAUGGAAAUUUGUUAAAAUCAACUUCACCGACUAGUUAAACCCCCGCUAACUCGAGAUUAAACCUAAUGUCAAAAUUUCUGAACUUCGGGUUAGGGUUUAGGGCUAACAGCAUAUCAUUGCCAAUGUAAAACAAUGCAAAUUGACUGCAAAAUAAUCAACAAUACACAAAUGAAUUGCAAAGAACACAAAGGUGGGGGCGGGCACGCACAACCCGGAAGUACGCCGUGCACACAAGCGGUCAAUUUGGCCACAAAACAUGGCGGCAACUAAGCACUUUAUACUCAAUCGGACAACACAUCCCAAAGAUGCUAAAUGAACACGUCACCUCACGACAUAAAUGUGCAACAUGAAUAUGAUGUAAAUAACGCUUACCAACUUGGAGCCAUGACUGCCCGUCUUUGUGACGGCAAAGCUACGAAAGGCCGUGCAUGUAGCCACUCCAACCUAUCGCCGGAACCCUCCAGAAAGAAGGAAAAAUACUCACGUUCAUUCAUGGACGCACACAGCUCAACGUUCCCUCGCACAUCUCAACAGGUGGCUGUACUUGGCUCAAAUGUGCCCCUGCGCUCCAUACGCCAAUACAGGAAGUAACUAUGAGCGGUUACCAUGGAAACGAAUGCGUAGUUGGAACCAUUCUAACAUUUUCUAUUCAAAAUGCUCUUCGUACAUGACUACAAUAUUCUUCAUUCUACAUACAGUGCUGGCCAAAAUUAUUGGCACCUCUGCAAUUCUGUCAGAUAAUGCUCAAUUUCUCCCAUAAAAUGUUUGCAAUUACAAAUGCUUUGGUUGUAAUAACUUCGUUUAUUUUGCUUGCAAUGAAAAAACACAAUAGAGAAUGGGGAAAAAAAUUAUUAUCAUUUUACGCAAAACUCCAAAAAUGGGCCUGACAAAAGUAUUGGCACCCUUUGAAGAAUCAUGUGAUGCUUCUCUAAUUUGUGUAUUUAACAGCAACUAUUACUUACCUGUGACACAUAACAGGUGGUGGCAAUAACUAAACCACACUUGCAGCCAGUUAAAAUGGAUUGACAGUGACUCAACCUCUGUCCUGUGUCCUUGUGUGUACCACAUUGAGCAUGGAGAAAAGGAUGAAGACCAAAGAACUGUCUGAGGACUGGAGAAGCAAACAUGUGAGGAAGCGUGGGCAAUCUCAAAGCUACGAGUCCAUCUUCAAAGACCUGAAUGUUCCGGUGUCUACCGUGCGCAGUGUCAUCAAUAAGUUUAAAGCCCACGGCACUGUGGCUAACCUCCCUAGAUGUGGACGGAAAAGAAAAAUUGACGAGAGAUUUCAACAAAAGACUGCAGAUGGUGGAUAAAGAAUCUCGACUAAUAUCCAAACAAGUUCAAGCUGUCCUGCAGUCCGAACGUUCAACAGUGUCAACUUGUACUAUUGGUCAGCGUCUGAAUGAAAGGGGACUCUACCCAGGAAGACCCCACUUCUGACCCAGAGACGUAAAAAAGCCGGGCUGGAGUUUGCCAAAACUUACCUGAGGAAGCCAAAAAACGUUUUGGAAGAAUGUUCUCUGGUCAGAUGAGAUAAAAGUAGAGCUUUUUGGGAAAAGGCAUCAACAUAGAGUUUACAGGAAAAAAACGAGGCCUUCAAAGAAAAGAACACAGUCCUCACAGUCAAAGAUAGCGGAGGUUCCCUGAUGUUUUGGGGUUGCUUUGCUGCCUCUGGCACUGGACUGCUACCAAUACUUUUGUCCGGCUCAUUUUUUAAGUUUUGUCUAAAAUGAUAAUGAUUUAAUGUUUUUUCCAUUCUCUUUUGGUUUUUUUUUUUUCAUAGCAAGCAAAAUAAGAUAUUACUACCAAAGCGUUUGUAAUUGCAAUCAUUUUCUUGGAGAAAUGGAGCAUUUUUUCGGUGUGCCAAUACUUUUGGCCAGCAGUUUACAUCUGAAAAUAGUUUCAAAAUUAUUUUCAGGUCAACAAUCUCAAACAAAUCAAAUUUCAAUUUAUUUGAUCAUCGAUUUAAUCAUGGCAGCUCUAAUGUCUAUACAUAUUAUAAUGCAUGUACUAUAUGAAUACUAUAAAUAUGCAGUUUAGAGAACCUUCACAUAGUUUCAUUUUGUCCAAAACGGUUUUAAAUCCUUAUGAAAACGGACUUUUAUUAGCAUUGUAUAAUGUCAUUCUCUCACCCUUACCACAGCUGCUAUCAAUAAAAAUAAACAAAUCAACUUUAUUUGAAUAUCUUGACCUUUUUUAACGUGGGUUUCGCUCAAUUUGUUUUUCCUGGCAGGCAGGCGGGCGGGCGGCCCGGUUAACAUGUCAGCAACUGGUAUCACUAAUGAAUGCCUGUUGUCAUGAUGAAUGCGCUCAAGGAUGUAAUUAGCCUCAACGCUAACAUGGUGCUGACAUAAUUACAGCCUUCUUCUGACCCAAACAACCGGCAGUUAGUUUGAUUUGUUC